AGUGGACGAUAAAACAGUCUAAUCCAGAAAGUAUCAGCUUGACAAUGGAUGCUGAUACAGUUGCCUGUCAAAAGAUCAUAAACGCUGAAACUCCUUUCGAAUGUUUUGAAUUACCCACUGAAGAAGUGGACCCAGAGUUAGUAAGGAGCCUUUAUCUGAAGAUAGCUGUUAGAAUUCAUCCUGAUAAGAACAAAUCUGAUCUUGCCACACAAGCUUUCCAGAUCCUAUCCGAAUCGUUUGAAGAACUUCACGACGAGUACAAACAAACCCAGCUACUCCGCAAGACUUCCCAAUCCAUCCACCCCCACCAGAAACACACUCGUCGCAAGAGAAAAAAGAGAAAACCCCAGGAUAUAGCUGAUCUAGUGCACCAAACUGAUAAGUGGUACACUAAAGACUGGAAGGAUGUGGAGGAGGAGAUAAGUAGAAUGACUAAUGAGUUUAAGGAACAUCUGGCUCGCAAACAGGAGAAACACGAGAAGCAGUUGGAGAAGAAGAGUGAGAGAAGAGAACGGAAAAAUAAGAGGAUAAAGAAGAAUUUGAACUUUCUGUAUGAGAAAUAUGGGAUAGAUCCCAGUGAUUCGGACUCGGACAGUGAUAAGAACACUUAUAAUUACGUAGCGUAUGUUCCGGAGGUUCAGGCAAUUGCAGAUACCGUCGAGCCGACCCCUUCAGAACCAAGUUCAGAAGUAGCUUCUACUUCAGCUUCUUCAAAAGAAUCAGUUUGUUGGGUGUGUCGGAGAAGCUUUCAAUCUGAAGAUAUGUUGAAAAUCCACUAUGAGAAGUCAGAAUUACAUAGAACUAACGUGGAAAAAGCAAAUAAUCCGUCGCUCAGAUUUAAGAAUAGUUUUUCUGAAGUUAAAGAUACUUGAAUUGAUGUUUUUACUUUAUACCAAUUCUUUGCUGUUUCAUGUACGUUUUUAACGUAGUAACUAUGUUAUGGGCAGAUUACUUGGCAUUUUCGCAGUUUGUGGAUUUUGUAAAUUUUAAAUGAUGGCGUUGAGAAUUAAGUGAAUGUUUAUUUUCAGAAAAUCAAUGAUGUUCCUACUUUACACGGGCAUUAUCUUUUUAUGACCGUGUAAUUUGUGUUAUUGUGUGAUAUAUACGAACUAUGAAAGAUGUUGAACUUCAUUU